UUCAGAAGCUGCAGUUUCAUUGCAUUAAAUGCUUCUCUCUCUAAAUUCUUGCUUGCAACCACAUGCAACAAUCCAUCUUUCUUUAAUUUCCCUUCAAGAAAUUCACCUUACCACCCAACACACAUUCAAAGCAAAACUUUAUGGACAGAGAAGUACCAGAUUAUUGUUCCCAUUUUUGAGUUUUGUAGAUGAGCCUGAAACAAAACUAAGUACGUGGUCCAAAAGGUUAUUUAGUUUCUGUUUCUGAUUCAAAUUUGGAGAAAUCUUGGAAUCAUUUUUUAGUGCUAAGAUUUAUUUUUCAGCAGAAAGUGAAGAAACAGGAGGUUUUCACAGAAGGAUGUUGAUAAACAGAGCAUAGGUAGUUGUGGGUUUCCUUAAAGUUGUUGCCUUUACUAAUCUUCUGCAAAAGUUCUCUGUUUCAGAAGGGGCUUUUCUGAUUUGUUCCUGCUUGGUUUGGCUGAUCUGUAGCUUCUGGUACGUGGGUUUGUUGCACAUUCACCUAUUUUUUCUGUUAAUUCAUGGCGACUUAGUUUCAUCGUUGCCUUUUUCUUCAUUUCCAUUAUGGAGAAAAGGGGAGUAUAAUGUCGUUUCAGUUCUUUAGAAAAUCUUCAAAAGGACAGCUUUUUCCUUGCAGAGUACUGCAAUAUAUGCUGCUUUGUUGUGUUGAACUGUGGUGGAUAUCUUUCUCAUUUCAAAUUGGCCAGAAGGAAAAGUCAGAAACUUUAGGUGGUGGAGUAAAUUUUAUCUUUGAAUAGUUAUAUUGGCUUGUAAUGGGGAUUUUUUUAAAAGAUUUCCUGAUCUGGGUCCUUAAUAUCAGCAUACUGAGAGCUGGGUUUCUUGUUAAACUUGCAAUUUUAUCAGAUUUAUGGUGUUUAGCUUCAGGACUAGGUUCCAUGUCAGCCAUUGCAGUUUCUUAUGGGGAGAAAGGUCCAGUUUUUUGUGGUUUAAAGUUAGAUGGGUCUCAUCUUGUGACCUGUUAUGGAUCAAACAAGGCAAUAACAUAUGGAACUCCAAGUCGUUUCCCAUUUAUUGGUCUAACUGCUGGUGAUGGCUUUGUUUGUGGACUUCUCAUGGAGUCCAACCAGCCAUAUUGUUGGGGAAGCAGUGGUUAUAUCCAAAUGGGUGUCCCUCAACCCAUUAUUAAAGAAGCUCAAUAUAUAGAAAUCAGUGCUGGUGAUUACCAUUUGUGUGGAUUGCGAAAACCUUUAACCGGCAGACUCAGAAACACCUCUUUUGUUGAUUGUUGGGGUUACAACAUGACCAAAAGCUAUGUGUUUGAUGGACAGGUUCAGUCAAUAUCAGCAGGCUCAGAAUUCAAUUGUGGAUUGUUUUCUCAGAACAGAACAGUCUUUUGCUGGGGUGAUGAGACUAGUAGCAGGGUUAUCAGCUUGAUCCCGAAAAAAUUCAGGUUUCGGAAGAUUGCAGCUGGUGGGUAUCAUGUAUGUGGGAUUUUAGAGAGUGUGAAUUCUAGACCCUAUUGUUGGGGAAGAAGCUUGGACAUUGAAGAAGAAAUCUCAGUGGCGCAUUCAGGUCAAGGGAAUGUUGAUUUGGCCCCAAAUGAACCAAUGCUCUCAGUUGUGGGAGGGAAGUUCCACGCUUGUGGGAUUAAGAGCUCUGACCGUGGGGUGAUUUGUUGGGGAUUUAUUGUGAAACCAAGUACACCGGCUCCUAAAAGUAAGAAGGUUUAUGAGAUUGCUGCUGGAAAUUACUUCACUUGUGGAGUUAUUGCUGACAAAUCUUUCUUACCUGUUUGUUGGGGUCUUGGAUUUCCAACUUCUCUUCCCAUAGCUGUGGCACCUGGAUUCUGCAAGUCCACUCCUUGUUCUCCUGGUUUCUACGAGUUUAGUCAUGAGAGUGCCUCUUGCAAAUAUCUGAAAUCUGAUAGACUUUGUGAAUAUAACUGUUCCAAUUGUUACUCAGCUGACUGCUUUUCAAAUUGUUCAUCUUCAUAUUCCGAUGCCAAGACGAAUGAAAGGUUUUGGUCAAUGCAAUUACCUAUCAUAAUUGCAGAGAUUGCCUUUGCUGUGUUCUUGGUUAGUGUUGUGUCUAUAACUGCAUUUUUAUAUGUUCGCUAUAAGUUACGAGACUGUCAGUGCGUAGCAAAAGAUUCGAACUCUAAAAAGAAUAGUAGGAGUGAUUCUCCUUUCCAUAAAGACAAUGGUAAGAUUCGUCCCGAUUUGGAUGACCUGAAGAUAAGGAGGGCUCAGAUGUUCACUUAUGAGGAGCUUGAAAGGGCUACAGCCGGCUUUGAAGAAGUGUCUGUUGUGGGAAAGGGUAGCUUCUCCUGUGUUUUCAGAGGUGUUUUGAAAGAUGGGACAGUUGUUGCUGUCAAAAGGGCUAUAGUAUCUCCUAACAUGCAAAAGAAUUCGAAAGAGUUCCAUACAGAGCUAGACUUGCUCUCAAGAUUAAACCAUGCGCAUUUACUCAAUCUGCUUGGCUAUUGUGAAGAAGGUGGGGAAAGGCUUCUUGUUUAUGAGUUCAUGGCUCAUGGAUCAUUGCAUCAACACCUCCAUGGAAAGAACAAAUCCUUGAAAGAGCAAUUGGAUUGGGUUCGAAGGGUCACUAUUGCAGUCCAGGCAGCUCGGGGAAUUGAAUACUUGCACGGUUACGCUUGCCCACCGGUGAUUCAUCGAGACAUUAAGUCUUCAAACAUCCUCAUUGAUGAGGAACACAAUGCUCGAGUGUCUGAUUUUGGUUUAUCAUUAUUGGGACCUGCAGAUAGUGGAUCCCCAUUGGCGGAGCUACCAGCUGGAACUCUUGGGUAUCUUGAUCCUGAGUACUACAGACUUCACUACCUUACAACCAAAUCUGAUGUUUAUAGUUUUGGUGUUUUGCUGUUGGAGAUUCUUAGUGGCAGAAAAGCCAUUGAUAUGCAAUAUGAAGAUGGAAACAUAGUUGAAUGGGCAGUGCCUCUUAUCAAGUCAGGAGAGAUAAAUGCAAUUCUGGAUCCAGUUUUGAAACCCCCACCUGACCUUGAAGCCUUGAAAAGAAUUGCCAAUGUAGCCUGCAAGUGUGUGAGAAUGAGAGGGAAGGAGAGGCCAUCAAUGGAUAAAGUGACGACAGCACUAGAACGAGCUCUUGCGCUGUUAAUGGGCAGCCCGUGCAACGAGCAACCUAUUUUGCCAACUGAGGUGGUACUGGGAAGCAGUAGAUUGCACAAAAAGUCCUCCCAAAGAUCUUCAAACAGGUCGGUCGACACUGAUGUGGUAGAAUCGGAGGAUCAAAGGUUCGAAUUCAGAGCUCCUUCAUGGAUCACAUUCCCAAGUGUUGCCUCUUCCCAAAGGAGGAAGUCCUCGGUCUCAGACAUCGAUGCUGAUGGGAAGAACUUAGAAGCUAGAAACUUGGGCAAUUGUGGGAGCGGUGGUGAUGGGUUGAGGAGUUUGGAGGAAGAGAUUGGACCUGCUUCACCUCAAGAGAAGUUGUUCUUGCAGCACAACUUUUAAACUGACCAACCAAGCUUAUCAAACUUGAUCCAUGUUCACAGGUUUGCUUGCAUUUAUUUUCUUGGAGGAUGAAAUGUAAAAAGAUUAAUGGGAGGAUGUAAGUUUCUCAACUACCAAAUUUCAGCUCUUCUUUUGUCUAUUCAGUUCUAACAAUUUGUUGAAUCAAAUUCUCCUUUCACACUAA